UUGUAUGAUACCCCGCCCCUUCCACUGACGGUCCAAUUUUGACACCGAAAGUGUUUCGCCCACUGAAAUGGCGGCUGCUACCUCCGAGCUAACACCCUCGCUGAGUGCUGGGAGCUGUGAGUCCGUCGAGGAUAAAACCAAUACCGAAGGUGACGCCCAAAGCAAUGCGGAAUCAGUCGGCUGCAAGGAGCCGAAAAUGGUGGAGCUGAAGCCGGAGGCCGGUGAGGUGGCGGAGCAGGCCGCAAGCGAGGCGCCGCCGACUGACGCUUCAGAGGCGGCCAACCCGGAAGAGUUAUUGGCUAUCGGAGAUACGGAGUCACCAUCUGAGGAGGUGCUGUCCGAGCCCCAUCAGAACUUGGCGGAUGACAACGCCGAACGCGUCAGCUGCGACGCGGCAAAAGGUACUAAAGAUGAGCCCGAAGAGGAGAGUCGGUGUUCUGGUAUGGAGGAAUGCGACAGGAGUAAAGUGAGUUGCGAGGACGGCGACAAACUGAGCGGGGGAGACACGGCCCCGGACGACAAGAGGCGGCCGAGUGUGGAGAUUUCGUCCUCCGACGGCGAACCGCUGAGCCGUAUGGACUCUGAAGAUAGCAUAAGCAGCACCUUGAUGGAGAUGGAGAGCACCAUGUCGAGUGGGCGUUCCACCCCAGCUAUGAUGAACGGACAGAGCAGCGCCAACUCAUCCGCUGUGAAGACCGUGGCUUACUCCUGCUGCUGGGACCUUUGUCUUCAGUACUUCAAUUCCAGCCCUGACCUCGCUGAACAUAUCAGGGGCGUCCAUGUGGACGGACAAAGGGGAGGGGUGUUUGUGUGUUUGUGGAAGGGUUGCAAGGUAUACAACACUCCAUCUACGAGUCAGAGUUGGCUUCAGAGACACAUGCUGACCCACAGUGGAGACAAGCCCUUCAAGUGUGUUGUCGGUGGCUGCACUGCAAGCUUUGCAUCGCAGGGGGGAUUGGCUCGUCAUGUCCCCAGCCACUUUAGCCAGCAAAGCUCUUCCAAAAUGUCCAGCCAAGCUAAACUCAAGGAGGAGUCUCCCUCCAAGGCUGGUCUCAACAAGAGAAAGAAGCUCAAGAACAAACGCAGGUGCUCCCUACCUAGGCCCCAUGACUUCUUUGAUGCUCAAACCAUGGAUGCUAUCCGUCAUAGAGCCAUCUGUCUCAACCUCGCUACACAUAUUGAAAGCGUGGGCAAUGGCCACAGUGUGGUCUUUAACAGCACAGUACUUGCCAAAAGGAAAGAGGGCUCAGGAAAAGUGAAGGUUCUCUUGCACUGGACACCUGAAGACAUCCUGCCUGACGUGUGGGUGAACGAAACAGAGAGAUCACAGAUGAAGACCAAAGUGGUGCACUUAUCCCAGUUGCCGCAGGAAACCGCCAUCCUGCUGGACCCAAACAUAUACAGAGCACUUCCACAGAAACGACUCAAGCAAAGGCCAAAGUGUUCUACGUUGUGUCUGUGGUUUAAAAGUAAAACUACUGGAAACAUCAGUGAAAGAAGAACUCUUGUGUGUCCUCUGGUGAACAAUCCAGCAUACUUAGCGUACCUUUUUCACCUUCCAUUAGCAUGGAUGCCUAUAAAGAGUCUCCUCUGGCCUGAAUUUGUAUCCCUUGCUCAUACAACUUAUUUCUAAUUGGGAUGGGACGAUCCUCAUCACUGUUCUCUGGAAUGGGACACAGACCAGUCUGAACUAUUUGUCUUCAGGAAGAACUUGAGGAAAUAUACUGCCCACCAAGCAGCCCCUCCACCACCCCCCCAAAAAAUAUUUAAAAAAAAAAAAAAAAAAAAAAAAUCUGACUAUGGACCCAGUGUUGUAACAUUUUUUGUGGAACAGACAUUUCUGUGUGUUGUGUAAAUUGUAUGUGCACAUUUUUAACUUAUUUUUAUAACCCAAAAAAAAAGGUCAUGGUUGUGAAUUUGUAUGAAACCGUAUUUACUGUGGUAAGUUAUUUUUAUCAUGGGUAGCAGGAACACUUGGAGGUUUUAUAAGUUUUAUCAGACGAGUCGUACCAGUAUUACAAUUUGGCUGUCGAAUUGCAAUGAUUUUGACUGACUAUAUUAACAUGUGGAAAGUAUAUACGUGUGUUGCAGAGGCAAUAACGCUGACUAUGAUAUUCUGGAUGACCAAUUUCAUGAAAAGUACUCAACGAAUGUCACCUCAUUUGUUUCACUCCUUCCUUUUACACUAUCUAUUGUAUGUUUCACACUUCUUGCAAAUCGCCCAUUUAAACCUUUCUUUUUUUUUUUUUUUUUUAAAGAAUCUGUUUUCUACUGUAUGUUGUUUUUGUUUUUAAUAAAAAGUUUUUUGACAUGAGUUGACAAAUGGUUUGUUUUAACCGAGGAGGGUGUGUUGAAGUGCCACGAACAAAAGUCAUACUUCUUUAGUGUUUUCGGUGUGUUUCCUGUAUUUCCAUUGGAGAGAAUGAUUGCCUUAUUUGGAAACCUCGAACCAAAAAGCUUUGGGACUAUGCUGCGGAGAAGCUAAGUACUCAGCCAGUAGGCAUAACCCUCGUCGGCCUAUGCUAAAAAACGAGUUCAGGGAAAGGUCUGCUGUGCUUAUUUAGUUUUUUUUUUUUUUUAAAUAUAUAUGAGCUUGUCUACUUGCCUGUUCCCGCAUGUAGAAUUGAUUAAACUCGAGAACUAACGGUGUCUGUAAAGACACUUUCAAGGUAGUUUUUGGUGAUGGUUGGUGGGGACCUUAAAAUUGUUUGGAGUUUGUUUUUGUUUUUUUUGUUUUUUUGUGUUUGUUUUCUAUUUAAAAUCAACUGUUUGCGUGGAUGUUUGUGCAUGGUUGCGGGCGUGUGUGUGUGUGAAUAAUACAAUAUAUUUUCAGAUGUACUGUACUCCGAUACAAAUAAAAAGCAAUAAAUAGUUUUCGCAAUUGGUCGAUUAUAAUUUAUGAUUUUGUCAGUCAGACGUGCUUCGCACAAUUUCCAGGUGCAAUUGCAGGUUCGGGAAACUGGCAUUUUAAAAUAAUCGCAGUAUUCGCUGCUUAAUUGUCAUCUGAGUGCAACCAAGUAGUAUUCUCAUUUGUAUUAAGGUUCGUUACGCUCACUUUUCAUGAUCAUGCGUAUUGUCAGCUAUAAUAAAUCUCCCUAUUUAGUGCUCUGCAGCCCUUAAAAGGUUUCAUCUAAUGCGUUCAGGUAAUGUGUAGAGCUGAAAUGAACUCGAGUUAAAGUUUCUUUGACUUGUUAUGAACUGGGAAACACAUUUUUUUUCUUUUUUUGUUGUUGUUGUUUAAUCUGGGCACUUUGCCAAUACAUUAUUCAAGCAUUGAAAAUUUCAUUAUUUAAUUCCUUGUUUACACAAUGACCCCAAAUAUCUUAUA